GCGAUGACGCGCAAAACAACGCGCGAGAGAGUUGAGACGGAGUACAAGCAGAGCCAUGAGAACUUCCCCAAGCUUCUCACUUUCUUCACCACUUUUUGCAGCUUGCUUUCUUUUUGUUUCUUUCUCUGCGGUGAGAGGUGAUCCCUGUAAGGGGGAUGUGUGUCAGAAUGGUGGGACAUGUGUGACCGUAGCAGAGAAAGAUUCCUUUAUCUGUGUCUGCGCAGACGGCUUUACGGGAGACACCUGCAAUGAGACAGAGACUGGGCCUUGUCAUCCCAAUCCCUGCAAAAACAACGGCAUCUGUGAGCCGCUCAGAGGAGAUGUCUUCGGGGGAUUUUUCUGCAAGUGUCCGAAAGGCUUUGAAGGCACCAACUGUGAAAAGAAUGUGAAUGACUGUGCUGCUCAGCCAUGCCAGAAUGGGGGUUCAUGUCAAGAUCUCGAUGGAGAUUUCUUUUGCAAAUGCCCGUCCCCUUUUGUUGGGAAGUUCUGUCAGCUGCGCUGUAUCUCUCUGUUGGGAAUGGAGGGCGGUGGCAUUGCUGAGUCUCAGAUCACUGCCUCCUCCGUGUAUUAUGGCAUUUUGGGAUUACAGCGCUGGGGACCCGAGUUGGCCCGUCUUAACAACAAAGGACUGGUGAAUGCAUGGACUUCGGCGACACAUGACAAGAACCCUUGGAUUGAGCUCAACAUGCAGAGAGUUAUGCGUUUCACUGGUAUCAUCACUCAGGGUGCCAGUCGUGUUGGCACUGCUGAGUAUAUCAAACAUUUUAAGGUGGCUUACAGUUUAGAUGGACAAACGUACACCAUGUACAGAGGCAACGGUCUAAAGAAGGAUGUGGUUUUUGUGGGAAAUGUGGACAACGACAGCACAAAAACCAAUCUGUUCGAUCCACCCAUACUCGCUCAGUACAUCCGCAUUUUGCCCACCGUGUGUCGCAAAGGUUGCACUCUGAGAAUGGAGCUAGUCGGCUGCGAACUCAGUGGAUGCUCCGAGCCACUGGGUUUGAAGUCACGGCUGAUUGGUGAUUCUCAAUUCUCAAGCUCCAGCUCUUUCCGCACAUGGGGCAUUGAGGCCUUUACCUGGCAUCCACACUAUGCCCGUCUGGACAAGCAGGGCAAGACCAACGCCUGGACCGCAGCCAGCAACAGCAGAUCUGAGUGGCUACAGGUGGACUUGCUAUCCCCUAAGCGGAUCACAGGAAUCAUCACUCAAGGAGCUAAAGACUUUGGAAAUGUGCAGUUUGUUACAGCCUAUAAAGUGGCUUACAGUAACAAUGGUCGGGACUGGACUGUGGUAAAGGAUGACAAAAGAAAUACUGACAAGAUCUUCCCUGGCAACAGUGAUAACAAUGUGCACAAAAAGAACAUAUUUGACCCGCCUUUCAAUGCCCGAUUUGUCCGCGUGCUCCCGUGGGAGUGGCAUGAGAGCAUCACACUGCGAAUGGAGCUGCUGGGCUGCGAGGAUUAAAUCACCACCUCCCUGCUCUCUCCUCUUUAUACCCCCCCCCCCCAUAUCUCCUUCCUGAGCCACUUGAUGCACUGCCUCACUAACAACACCAGAGGGAGCAAAGACCACAAGAAGAAACAAAACCCUAAAAACAACAGCAGGGAAUCAAGCUUAGUUGCACAUCAGGGAUGUCCUGCAAAGAAAGACAAACUAAGGAGUGAGUUUUAUGUUCUCAUGAAUACAUCUGAUGGUGUAAACUGAAAUCCUCCCAAAAAACCUCACAUGAUCUAUCAUUGCAUCUGUGUUCUAAAAUAUUCCAGAAGCUAACUUUUUAUGCUUAUGCUACAUUUAAAAACAGUGCCCUAUUUUGCCGUGGGUGGAAAUUAUAUAUUAGUUAAAUAUUUGGGUUAAAGAGUUAUUGUACUCAAUAAAUGGGUCACACAGUAAA